AUGGAAUUUGCCAGAUUCCUAAAUCUAUCAGUAGUCUUUGAUGCGUUUUAUACCAUUUAUCUAUAUGUUCAUAUUUCUUUCUUCCAACUCGCUUGCAAGUCUGUCUAUAUUUUAGUUUCUUGGCUAUUCUUAUUCAAUUCAUUUAUCGUCGUUCUUGUAGAUAUUUCUACUCGGCGACGUUUUCCUUUUGAUUUUCUUUAUUUUUCUCCCUUUUUUCUUUUUCUUUUUUUUUUCUUUCUUUCUUUUCUCGGUUUUCCUUUCUUACCAUUUCCUUUUUUUCUUUCUUUCUUUCUUUCUUUCUUUCUUUCUUUCUUUCUAUCCUUUUUCUUUUUAUUAGAUUUAUUUCAUUCCCCUGUUCCUUUCUUUCUUUCUUUCUUUCUUUCUUUCUUUCUUUUUUUCUUUCUUCUCCAUUCUUUCUCUUCUUUCUUUUGUUUUUUCCUUGUUAUUCUCCAUUUUUCUUAUUUUUCUUUUUUCUUUCUUUCCUUUCCCGGUUUUCCUUUCUUCCCAUUUUAUUUGUUUCUUUCUGUCUUUCUUUCUUUCUUUCUUUCUUUCUUUCUUUCUUUCUUUCUUUCUUUCUUUCUUCUCUCCGUUAGUUUUUUUUUCUUUUUCCGCCUCUUCCCCUUUCCUUUCUUUCUUUCUUUCUUUCAUUUUCCCUUCUUUCUUUUGUUUUUUCCUUGUUUUUCUCCCUUUUUCUUAUUUUUCUUUUUUCUUUCUUUCCUUUCCCGGUUUUCCUUUCUUCCCAUUUUAUUUGUUUCUUUCUGUCUUUCUUUCUUUCUUUCUUUCUUUCUUUCUUUCUUUCUUUCUUUCUUCUUCUCUCCGUUAUCUUUGUUUCUUUCUUUCUUCUCUCCGUUAGUUUUUUCUUUUUCCACCUCUUCCCCUUUCCUUUCUUUCUUUCUUUCAUUUUCCCUUCUUUCUUUUGUUUUUUCCUUGUUUUUCUCCUUUUUUUAUUUUUUUUUUUUUUUCUUUCCUUUUCCUUUCCGGUUUUUCCUUUCUUUUCCAUUUUCUUUCUUUCUUUCUUUCUUUCUUUCUUUCUUUCUUUCUUUCUUCUUCUCUCCGUUAACUUUCUUUCUUUCUUCCUUUCUUUCUUUCUUUCUUUCUUUCUUUCGUUCUUUCUUCUCUCCGUUAGUUUUUUUUUUCUUUUUCCGCCUCUUCCCCUUUCCUUCCUUUCUUUCUUUCUUUCAUUUUCCCUUCUUUCUUUUUUUUUUUCCUUGUUCUUCUCCCUUUUUCUUAUUUUUCUUUUUUCUUUCUUUCUUUUCUCGUCUUUCUUUUUUUCUUUCUUUCUUUCUUCUCAAUUCUUUCAUUUUCCUUUCUUUCUUUUGUUUUUCUCCCUUUUUUUUUCUUUUUCUUUUUUCUUUCUUUCCUUUCUCGGUUUUCUUUUCUUUCCAUUUCCUUUCUUUCUUUCUUUCUUUCUUUUUUCUUUCUUUCUUUCUUUCCUCACACUUCUCUUGUUGUUGCAGUGCUUAA